AUUCGACUUAAUUCGAAUUUCUUUUUUAUUCUUAUUCUGAUCUGUGAUGUGUAUUCUUAUAUUCCAUAUAUUGUAUAGCUUAUGAUUCGGUUGUAUUCGAAAAGGCUAAGUUAUACGUAUUAGAGUAUAAAUGCAUGAAGUGUUAUUUCUACUUAAUUGUACUUCACCUGAUAUUCUACGGACUGAUAGGCUCGAAUAUUGCCUUGGUAAAUCAUGGUAUCUCGGGCACCCCUUUCUACGCCGUUCGGUCGAUAGCGGCCUCGGCUGAACCGUACACCGUGAACCAAAAAAAUAUGCUUUCGCCUUGGAGCCCAGAACACAUUGUUGUUGGCUGUUUAGAUGGCAGUAUUCGUGGAAUUGAAAUUUUCACAGGGGCUGAACUUUGGUCUUUUGAGUCUAAUAAUCCUCUCUUGAAAUCUUCCCUUUCCUCUUUUGUCCCGUCCGUUAAAGGUCAUGUCUAUCACUACCAAGAAGACCGCCUUAAGCAAUGCGUGUCUUCUAUACCAAAGUUUGUUAGCAAACUUCCUAUACUUCGGGAAGAUGGUAUUCUUUUCCUUGGUUAUAAGGAAGACUCUUUUUAUUCAAUUGACUCUGUCUCGGCCAUAGCAAAUCAAGAGACGAACACGCUCGAUGGUCAACAAUGCGAGGCUGUUGACUUGCUUGAUAGACUUGUCGUGAUGCGUACGGACUAUAGAGUUAUGGCAGUAGAUUCACUGACCGGACAGCAAUACUGGAAUAUUUCGUAUGGCGAGUUUGUCCCGUCAUCUAUGCCUGUUUAUGAGGUCUUGAAAGAAGAUGAAAAAGAGUUAGCUAUUCACGUUGUCGUAUCAUUUAUAGAUGGGAAUUUGGAACUGGUCAACUCCAUAUCGGGUAAAGUCCUUUGGAAUGUCAAAUUACCAUCUCCGGCAAUUCAGGUUUUAGGUCCACAGUAUCUGCCAAUCGCAGGUAUUUACUUGAAAAGUCUAGAGCUUGUUUGGAAGGUCCCUCAACUGCUGCUCAAUCACACCCUUUCUCAGGACUCAGUACUUGUGUUUGAUCACCAAGGCGUUUCGGUGGCUCUUGAUGGGCCUACAAACCUCUGGCCUCUCAGUGAUACACCUAACAGCUUACCUGGUAUCACAGACAAUUUGAGCACGUUUGAUAUCUAUUCUGAGUUAAGAAAUUUGUAUCUCAUUUCCGAUACUUACCGCAUUGAGGAACUUCCUUCUUAUUCUGAGCUUCUUACUAUUUCAAGCGACGGCGGCAGUAAUACCACUCAGACCGUUGAUCAUUGUGUACCACAGACUUUGGAUAUCCAGCUCCAAGAUUUCGCAUUUUUUAGCUUUAGAACGAGCCUUCUGUUUGGGACUCUCUUGUUUUUGGUAGUCUUAUGCCUGGUCAUCGUGUGUUUGCAUAAGUCAAGGAAGCAUUCUCAUUACCUAGUGAAAUCUGUUCAAGUCUCAACGGAAUUAUCUCACCACACCCGAGAACGUGUCAAUUCUGAUGGAAUUCUUCAUAUAGGUCGGCUAUACAUCAACACAAACAAUAUACUGGGUUAUGGCAGCUCUGGCACAAUCGUCUACGAAGGCCAAUUGGACAACCGUAAAAUUGCGGUCAAGCGCAUGCUUCGGUCCCAUUAUUUUAUUGCUGAAAAAGAAACAUCUAUUUUAAUUGAAUCUGACGACCAUCCUAAUGUAGUCCGCUAUUUUAUGACGGAACAAGACCGUGAGUUCAUCUAUUUGGCCUUGUCUUACGCAGAAUAUUCUUUGGAAACGUUUGUAGAGUCCGAAAAAUGGAUUGAACUGAUGCCUGAAGAUAUGCGUGACAUCCUGUUCCAACUGACCAAUGGACUACACCACCUACAUCAGAUGAAUAUCAUUCACCGCGAUAUCAAACCGCAGAAUGCCUUGGUAGACUCUAAUCUAGUAGUCAAAAUUUCUGAUAUGGGUUUAGCUCGAAAACUGGAUACGAAUCGUCAAUCCCAUUCUACAACGAUUCAGGCCACUUUGGGCUGGAGAUCCCCCGAAUUGAUUUUAGAAUUGGGCGAAACGUAUGGCGAGCUAUCUGCAAACGAUGUCGGCGGCCUUUCCAAACAGAGGGACUUCGAUGAUCCAAACACAUGUUUGCUGAUUGACAGACGAGUAAAGGUUACCAAAAAAGCAGACAUUUUUAACCUGGGAUGUCUUUUUUAUUACGUCAUGACCCGACGCCACCCGUUCGGAGACAAUCCUUUUCGCGAAUUCAACAUUUUGUUCAAGAGACCAACGCUUUCUGAAUCUAGCUUCCCCGUUCCGGAGCUUUUCGAUUUGAUCAGCAAAAUGAUCUCAAAAUCGCCUGAUGAUAGACCCACUACUGACCAAAUACUAAAGCACCCGUAUUUUUGGAGUAAGAGAAAGCGUUUGCAUUUUUUGACUGACGCGUCUGACUUUUUGGAAUUUGAAAAGCCGUUUACAAGACUCGUUCAGGACUUUGAGAAAGCGUGUGUUGAUGCUGCAGUUAUUCCUGAUGACGGUUGGGUUCUUUCUCUAUCUCAAGAGUUACAUGCUGAAUUGAAAAAGUUUAGAAAGUAUGAUGUAACCAAAGUGCGCGAUUUGCUGCGAGUUAUUCGCAAUAAGUCCUAUCACUAUCGGGAACUCAGUGAUGAGCUAAAAAAGGAGUUUGGAACUUGGCCAGAUGGAUUUUUAGAUUACUUUUGCAAGUCUAGGUUUCCGAAAUUGUUGAUAGUAACCUGGGAAUUUGCUCGUACAAGAUGCAGAUACAGCAGAGAAUUCAAAAGAUAUUUUAAAAACGAACCCAUAGACGAAAACCCUUUGCCCCAGCAAGAGUUAACUCAACUUUGCUCCGAACUCUAUACGGGGGUCGACUCUAUUUUACCUGAUCAAGGACCUGACUACAUUCACACGAAAAAUGACAGCUGCCAGUCUUCACCCUCCAUUCUUCGCAAAUCAAGCUCCCAACUUCGUGCUUCCGAUUUCUUGACCACCACCAAACAUUCUUCUCCUCGUCAUUCAAAGAGAAAAAAAGACGACAUUGUAUAUAAAUCACACAGGCCAGAGCAGGCAGAAUCCGACCACUGCUAUCCGCCUGGGAUACCUGUGCCCCUUUAACAUCUCUGUACUUUAUGCAUCCUACUAUAUAUUUUAUUUGUGUCUAAACCUACAACACAAAAAAACGUGCAACCGGGACUUCCUGCACUUUAACAGAUAUGUAUUGCGCAUCUGAGAAUUCGAGCUAUUUCCCAUCUAUGUCACUCAUUCAAUCCGUCUAAAUGUGCACGCACUCCUUGCUGAUAAACACCUAAAUACUUCCUGAAAAUGCGGUAAUUAGUGACACGUAGCGAAUCUUGUAAAGUUCGAACAGGCUCGUAAUAAAUUUUUUCCGCCGGAAACCGAUUCUCGUCUC